AUGGAAGGCACCCGGAAAGACGUAAAGGACGCCACCAUGCCUCAAGUGCAUAAAGUCACCUCAACUGACUUCAACGAAGGGGAAAUUGUCGUCGAGGAGGGGGCACCUCGCGGCCACUAUGGCUUCUCCGGCGACGAAGUUGAGCUGGCAUUGCGAGGGUACGCACCCAAUACUCAACUGGAAAAGAAGAUGAUCCGCAAGGUGGAUUUGUCUCUGCUACCGAUGCUCUGGCUCAUGUGUGUCAUGGCGUACGUGGACCGCAACAACAUUGGGAACGCAAACGCUGCUGGCAUGAGUGAGGAUAUUGGGCUCUCGGACAACCAAUAUGCCUUUCUCAUCUCGAUCUUCUUUAUCGCCUACCUUGUCUGGGAAGUUCCUUCAAACAUGAUUCUGGCACGCGUUCGUCCCUCAUGGUAUCUAUCGGGCCUCAUGAUUACUUGGGGCGCGGUAUGCUGUGCGAUGUCAAAGGUGAAGAACAGCCGCGACAUCCUUGUGUGUCGGUUCUUUCUAGGCAUGAUCGAAGCAGGCUUCUUCCCGGGUGUGCUUUAUAUCAUGUCGUGUUGGUACAAGCGCAAUGAGAUAGGCAAACGAUUCAGCUUGUUCUACACCGCCAUCUGCUUUUCAGGAGCAGCUGCGGGACUCAUUGCUGGUGCCGUCAUCUCCGGAUUGGAGGGACACGGCGGCAUCGCUGGGUGGCGCUGGCUGUUUCUCAUCGAAGGACUUGUCACUAUCGGAAUCGGGAUAUUAGCAAAGUUCGUUUUGCUCGAUUACCCGCAUAUCCCCUCGAAGCGCCUGACUCCCGAGGAGCGAGCAAUCUCCAUCGCUCGUAUCAUGCAUGACAAGCAAGAGACGGAAAUACGCACGAGGAAGCUGAAUCCGUGGCAAAGCUUCAAAGCCGCGAUUGUCGACCUGCGCAUGUACGUUUUCAUCGCAGUCUAUGUUUGCCAGAACAGCGCAACCAGCGUGUCAUACUUCAUCCCCACGGUUUUGAAAAGUAUGGGCUAUACUGGCACAUCCGCACAAUGGAUGACAGUGCCUAUCUGGGCGACCGGCACUGCGGUACUCCUGCUUCUUCCCCAGAGCUCCGACCGGUUCAAAGAGCGGCGCUGGCAUAUUGUGGGAGGUCUCUCCGUGGCAUGGAUCAGUGCCGUCGUCGGUCUCACUUGCACCAGCAAUGAUAAAGUACGAUACGCAUUUAUGUGCUUGUACAUCGGCGGCCUCUACCCGACAGCUCCUCUCAUUCUCAGUUGGGUGUCUGAGACGCUUUCUCUGCCCGCCGAGAAGCGUGCCGUUUGCAUCGCCAUCACCAACAGUAUCGGAUCAGCGUCGGCGAUCUAUGCCAGUUACUUUUGGCCCAGUUCAGAUGCACCAAGGUAUAAGACGGGGUUUGCAUGUGUCAUCAGCUUCAUUGGUGUGUCAUUGAUAUUGGCUGCAUCGGUGCCGCUUAUCUUCCGCGUGCUGCCGAAGUUCACUACCAAGGCUGAACGCGAACUUGAGAUUGAAGAGGAGGUUCAAGCAAGGAGUUAG